AUGGCUGAUGACGACAACCAACAAGAAGGCAAUGAAUCCACGCCUUUGAUUCGCACAGGACGUCCACGCGAAAAUUCUGUCGCUUCCAUGCUUGCCCGGGGCAGAAGUAACACUAUAAAUGGGUUAAAAACAGGGUACGAUACUGUAAGACGUCACAAAGUACAGUUUAUGUAUGCUUUGCUGGGAUCUGUGCUUUUGUAUUUGGGCUUCACCCUUGCUUUCUUGCCUCGGACCUCGCUGGCCCGAGAUUUCCGUCGUUUGCAUUUCAAUAAGUUUACAAGGGCAGAAACUUAUCGAGUCUAUUUAGAGAGUCUGCAGCGUGAAAACCAUGCCAAGGAACACGUAAGAGCGUACACCUCGCAUAGACAUUUGACUGGAGACAGUGAGGCAUUGAAAUACACCGUAAACCAACUCAAGGCGCUAGGAUUUUCGCCCAAGCUAGAAAAAUACUAUCCGUGGCUCAAUGAACCAGUGGAAACAGGGUUGUCACUUUGGGUUGACGAGGAAAAAGUGUUCGAAUCGAGCAUGAUAGAGGAUUGUCUAGAAGAGGACCCAUCAAGCUGUGGUCCAGAACAAGUGCCAGCAUUUCAUGGAUAUUCCGCAAACGGGAAAGUCACCGCUAGAUUCGUUUAUUGCAACUAUGGAAGCUUAGAAGAUUACGAAUUUUUGCGACGUGAGGGUAUCGAUUUGAGCGGAAAAAUCCAUAUCAUACGCUACAGCGUAUUAUUUCGUGGGCUCAAAGUCAAAAACGCAGAGGCCAACGGUGCUUCUGCUGUUAUCUUGUACACUGAUACGUUUGACGAUGGUAACGUGACAGAAGCCAAUGGAUACAAAGCUUACCCAUUUGGUCCCGCACGAAACUCAGGUGGUUUCCAGCGAGGCUCGGUAGAAUAUUUCACCGAAGCUCCCGGAGAUCCCACUACUCCCGGUUAUGCAUCGAAGUCACCAGACACUAAAAGAAUGUCGCCUUUAGGCAGAGUUCCAACUAUCCCGUCAAUUCCUAUGAGCCAAAAAGAUAUCAGCAAAAUUUUGCCCUACUUAAAUAACAGGGGUAGUCCUUUUGAUGUUCAAGGUAACGUUGAUGGCUUCAAUUACUACAGUGGCCCAUCUGACAAAAAUGUGGAACUGACAGUGGUCAACGAGCAAGAAUACAAAAUCAAAGAAAUCACAGACGUGCUGGUGGAAAUUCCUGGAAUUCUGCAUGGUAGUGCUAUUGUGAUCGGGAACCACAGAGACUCGUGGACUGUCGGUGGGGUAGGGGAUCCAAACAGCGGAAGUAGCGUUCUUCUCGAGGUUGCUCGGGGAUUAAGUGAACUUUUGAAAAAGGGUUGGAAGCCAUUGCGUACCAUUCAGCUCGCAAGCUGGGACGGUGAAGAACCUGCGAUGCUUGGAUCGACUGAAUACGGGGAGGAUCAUGCUUCGAAACUUCAAAAACAAGUUUUGGCCUACUUCAACCUUGAUACAACUAUUACGGGUAGCCAAUUCAAAUGUGAGUCCAAUCCUUUGCUCUCGGGACUUCUGCCCAGAUCUGCAGCCCUGACACGUUUUGCCGGCAAACCUGGUAAAUCGCUACUGCAAGUGUGGGAGGAGCAAUCAGAUGCAUACGUGGGGGUGCUGGGAUCGGGCACAGAUUUUGCCGUUUUCCAGCACCAUCUUGGAAUCCCAUCUGCGAAUUUCAGGUUUGCUGGCAACGGCAAAGACGAUGCUGUCUAUCAAUACCACACAAACUACGAUACUUACACCUGGCUGGAGACAUUUGUCGAUCCUGAGUAUUUUCUGCACAAUACCAUGGCUAUCUUCACGGGAAUGUCAGUAUUGAUGCUGAGUGAAAACGAGGUCGUCUACUUCAAUUCCCAGGAUUAUGCGCGAGAAAUCCAGAGUCACUACAAACAAUGGCACACGUUGCUCAAUCACACUUUCAGAGGCCACAAUUAUAUCCAGGGUAAAGCUCACAAUCUGUCUCGAUUGAUAAGUCACAUCGAGACCAACGUGAGUGCUGAAUUUGACCGUCAGACCGCCGCACUUCGCAAAUCGGUUGUGAGGGAUUAUCCAUGGUACAAAUUCUACAAGAAAAUCGCAAUUUAUGUGAAGCUGGUUAAGACCAAUUCCAAAUUAAAAAGGCUUGACCGACUCUUCGUCACUGAUAGGGGAUUAAAAGAUAGGCCCUGGAUGAAGCACUCGAUCUAUGGGCCGGAUAAGCAACUCGGAUAUGCUGGCGAUGUUUUGCCGGGCUUGCACGAAGCGAUUUUAGCGGAAAACCCUACGGAAAUCGUCGAGUGGCUGAAUAUUCUUGAUGAACAGUUAACGCUGGUUCAAGACCUCCUCAGUGCCUAG